AUGGUGGCUCUGCAUGGCAAGUUUGAGCUGUUUGAGCAAUCUCUCGGCAAGCAGCUGAUCGACAUGGAUCUUCGCGUUCGCAAGUACAACCGCACCGAGUCAACGUUGAAUGGUACCAUCUUCAUACGGCAAACGGUGGAUGAUACCCUGAUACUGAACACGGAUGUGUUUUUCAGUGCGCUUGGCAAUCAGCAGUUUCAGCACCUACCGAUGCACCUUCCAACGUCCGGUUUCUGUCAGUUUAUGAACCAUUUGCACGAGGAAUACCCGAACGUCAUCAAGGACAUUGCCCACAUUACGGAAGCGGAAGAGUGUCCCGUGUCCGAGCGUGCCAUGAUCAUCAUCGAUAAAUCGUUCCCAUCUGAAGUGCUGCCACCCAAGCUGACCAAGGGUCUGUGGAAAAUGGUCGUUACCGGGACAAUCGAUAGCGAGGAAGUGCUGAAGUACUACUUGGUUGCGCGUCUGUUCGAAGAUAAUUAUUUUUAA